AUGAUAAUAGUAAUAGUGGUGAUGAUAAUGAUGGUUGUAAUGAUGGUAGUAAUGAUGGUGGUGGUGAUAAUAAUGGUAAUGGUGGUGGUGAUGUUGGUGGUGGUAAUGAUGGGAGUGAUGAAUGAUAGUAGUGAUUAUGAUGAUGGUGAUAAUGAUGAUGGUGGUAGUUGGUGGUGGGGGUUGGUGAUGGUGGUAAUGAUGGUAGUGUGAAUGAUGAUGUUGAUGAUGAUGUUGGUGAUGAUGUUGGUGAUGAUGUUGAUGAUGAUGUUGGUGAUGAUGUUGGUGAUGAUGUUGGUGAUAAUGUUGGUGAUGAUGUUGGUGAUGAUGUUGGUGAUGUUGGUGAUGAUGGUAGUGAUAAUGGAUGA